AUGAUCUCUACCGGCCUGAACCCCCACCUCAACACAGGCCACACCAAAAUGGCCACUCCAGCGCUGGACGCAGCCAAAGCCGAAGAAACCGCACAAGAGUCGCGCGUGCUAAUCAUCAUGACCGGCGGCACAAUCUGCAUGCAGCCCUCACCAGCCGGCUUCAUCCCAGCGCGGGGGUUCCAAGAAAAAUGCAUGGCGCGGGUCCCCACCUUCAACGAUGGCUCGGCCAGCGCAACAAUGGACGUAGUCGCUAACGCCGCGCACGAAAUAAUAGAACAUCCAAGUCUACGUACACCUAUGACAGCCUACGGGCGACAGGUGCGGUACACGGUUUUCGAGUUUGAAGAACUACUCGACAGCAGCUCGAUUGACGCCAAGGGCUGGACUCAAAUCGCCGAGGCGAUCGAGCGGAAUUACACGCUCUUUGACGGGUUCGUUGUCCUGCAUGGGACGGACAGUCUGGCAUACACGUGCUCGGCGCUCAGCUUCAUGCUACAGAAUCUCGGGAAGCCGGUUGUUCUUACUGGGUCACAGGCGCCUAUGCUUGAGCUCCAGAAUGAUGCUACGGAUAAUCUCCUCGGGUCGUUGGUUGUUGCGGGCCAUUUUAUGAUCCCUGAGGUCUGUUUAUAUUUUAACAAUCGAUUGUUCCGCGGAAACCGGACGACCAAGGUUGCAGCGAGUGAUUUUGCCGCGUUCGAUGCGCCGAAUUGUGCCCCCUUGGCCGUGACAACUUCUAUGCGGACUAAUGUUAAUUGGGAUAUGGUGCAUCGGCCUACGAGCUUGGAGCCGUUUAGUAUUCAGACGAAUCUAGAUACUACCCAUGUGGCUUGUCUGCGUAUCUUUCCCGGGAUCAAACCGGAGAUGGUGGAUGCGGUGUUGAAGCUGGAUGGCUUGCGCGGGUUGAUUCUUGAGACCUUUGGCGCGGGCAAUGCCCCCUCCGGUCAGGAUAAUGCGAUGAUCAACGUCUUGGCUAGUGCUAUCAAGCGGGGUAUCGUUAUUGUGAACAUCACACAAUGUCUCACGGGCAGCGUCAGUCCAGUCUAUGCCACCGGAAUGAGUCUCUCCCGGGCAGGUGUGGUAGCCGGCCUCGACAUGACAACCGAGGGCGCCUUGACGAAACUCGCCUAUCUCCUCGCGCUGCCAGAAUCCACACCGGAAUCCAUCGCCAACCGCAUGUCAAUAUCGAUCCGAGGCGAGCUCACUGAGUCAUCCCUACCGAUCUUCCGACACCCAGACGGUGCACUCUCUGAACGAAUCCAGACACUCACCUCGAUGGGGUAUGCCAUUGCCCACGGCGACCUGGAGAAGGUCCAAGUCAUCACGAAGACGGAACAUCACUGGCUCCUGAACGAUGCCGAUUACUCCGGCAAUACGCCCAUCGUAAGCAUGAUCACAUCUCACCCGUUCCCGUCCCCGUUCCCCGCUCCCCGUUCCUCUCCGGUCCCCUGUCGCCCAUCCUUUAUCCCUCACCCUUCUCUCGUACACCCCACUAACCCACCACAGCAUCUAGCAGCAACAUCCCCGUCCAUCGAAAUCCUCCACUUCCUCCUAUCGCAAGGCGGCUCCGUGCACCUCCGUAAUCGCGCCGGUCGCACCCCGCUCUUCCUGGCCGCAAACGCGGGCCUCUCCGAGCACACGCUCCUCCUCCGCAAAUCCGGCGCUCAUCUGCAUUCAGACGAGCGACCAGCGGCCGAGCUCCUGGCGCGACACCGCCCUUUCGUCUGGGGUAUGGCUGGGGUUGGGCCGAAGGAGAUAAGCCAGCGGGAGAUGGAGGAGGAAGGGGAAUGGGAUGCUGGUACGAACCAGAUGCUUCCUGGAUCGGCGCCUGCUUGA